CCGAGCCCGCGCUCAGCGGCCCCGCCGGGGAAGAACGCGAACCAGAGCCGCCGAAGGCCCUGUGGCCGGAGCCAGGAGGAAUGAACUUCAUGAGCUUGAAAAACAAAUAGCAUCUGUUUCUGCAGAAACUAAAGAAAGAGAAAGGCAAAUUUAUCAACAAGAUGCUGCCAUAGAAAAUACCAAGCUUCAGUGUGAAAACCUGGAAACUCAAGUCAAAUCUUUACAUACAGAAAAUGUAAAGCUUAAAUUUGACAUAGAAGCAGCCCAAGAAGACUUUGAGGAACAUAUGCUAAGAUAUAAUGAAUAUUAUGCAAAAAUGAAAGUACAUAAAGAUAGUUUGGCGGAGAUAGAAAGCAAAUGGUCAUUCAUGACUGAACUCCAUGAAAAACGAGAUCUUGUUAAAAAACUAAUGACAAUGAAAGAGGAACUUACACAAGAUUUCCAAAAUCCAGAAGGAAACCAGAUGAGACAAGUACAGGAAGACAUUACAAAGCUAAAGGCUCAAAUUAUAACUGUAAAAGAAUCUAUCAUUGAAAAAACUUGUUUUCUUGAGGAAGAAAAAAAUACCCAUGAAAAAUUAAGAAAAGAAAUAGAGGUACAACAUAAGAGAUAUGGUGCAAUUCUUAAGCGUUUGCGCUGUCAGGUGAACAAACUUCAGUCAAACAGAAGACAAUGGCAAUGGAACAUUGAACAACUGGAAAAAACCGCAGCUGAACUAAGAAAACGCAUUGGAAUGAAAGAUUAAUAUGGCCAUAGAGCAAUGUAGAGCACAGACUGCCUGCAAAAAUUAUGGGACAUAAGGAUUAGCAAAUCCUUUGAAUUCUUAACAACCAGCAUUCACUGUCAGCGUUCUGUCUGAAUGAAAGAUGCAUUUUCUUUUUUUUUAAUCAGUCAUUUGUUUCAAAGUGCCUUCCAACCCUACAAUUGAUAGCAGUAGAUAGACAAUAGUUAUGUUUACAGAAGAAUCGUGGAAGACUGAAUAUUUUGUGUGUAAGAUAUACUGUACUCAUGGAUGCCUGUUUAUAAACAUACACCCUUCACUAUCAUAUCAAGUAAAAAUUUAGAAGAAGAAAAACACUUGAAUUUACAAUGAUUUUAAAAUUGUUAAGAUAUUUUAAGUGAUUGUUUCAAACUUUGUUACAGCGUACUUUUUUACCACUGCCUUCAUAAUGUCAUAAAUAUUGGCAUUUACAAUAAUGUUGUUAUAUGUUCAAUGCUUCAGAUAUUUUACUCAGUUUUCUCCUUUAUGCAUAAGGUAACAAUCAUUUUUUAUUAGGUAACAUAUUUUUAAAGUGCAUAAAAAUUUUUAUUCAUUUUUCUAUCUGUAAAUUUCUUUAUUAAUAUUCUGUAACUAAACUUAAAGUAUAACUGUGUAAGGCAAAUAUUCCAGCUCUUAAAAGAAUACUAAUCAAUAUAGACUGACAUUUUUUUUUCUCAUUGAAGGUCAUAUGCUAUAUCCAUGGCAACAAGUCAAAACUUAACUUGUCCCUUUUAAGAUAAAAAUGCUCCUCAUGGCUCCAUUGAGUCAAAUUUUUAGGAGCAGAAACAAAAUGUUAAUUAUUGAAGACAUGGUGUUUAAAUAUUCACUCUUAGGGUUUAAUGAUUUCAAAGCAAUAACAUCAAAAAGGUAUCUCAAGUCCAUUUUUUCCUCACUUUACUACGUGCCUAAGAUUCAGUGAGAGUGUAGCUGGUAGAAAACCAGAUAUUAAUAAUCUUGUUAUAUCUAAUGUUAAUAGUCCUAUUAUGAAUUAGCAUGACCUAUUAUGGCUAACACUUCAAAUGGCUUAUGCGGUAAUACAAUCAGCUUUAAUCCAUGACUCAGAAAUGCAGCUAUGAAUAAAAAUGCUUAAACUUGCAGAUUGUAGGGAAUACCCACUAUGCUCAGCUGAAGACAGGGCUGAACCAAAUGCCAAUUAUAGAAAAGUAUUUGAAUGUAAUUUGCAUAUUCAAAAGGCCAUUCUUAUAAUUAUACUUCAUAAUUUCAUUUACAGUUUAUAAAAGAAAAUUUCUAGUUUUUUCUACUCUUUAAACAUAAUAGGUUUCAAAAUAAUUUGUACAUGAUAACUAACACCUUACGCUCUAUUUUUAAGUUUAUUUUUAAAUUAAGAUAUAAAGAAAAUAAAUUUAAUCUGCUUAAGCUAAUAUGCCCUAUUAGAGAAAGACAUUUUCAAUGUAGCUUUCUAAACUACCCAUGUUAACAAUACCUGUACCUAUUUUAAAUUUUGUGACAGUUGAAUGAAUUAAAAAAA